UCCCUCGCCUCGUUCAAGUCCCCGACAACAUACCAUCUCCUCAGCUAUGGCACUCUCCUCGGCUCCACGCUCUUCCAGUCCUUCGUAAGCGGCAUCGUAGCCUUCCGCGUGCUCCCGCGCCCCCAAUUCUCCACGCUACAAAAGCACACUUUCCCAGUAUACUUCACGCUCCAAACCAUCACGCCCAUCGUAAUGCUGCUCACGCACCCCUCGGGACCACGACGCCUACUCUCAACUCUCCCCCUACUCAACUCCCUUGUCUCCCCGUCCGCAUCAGUCCUAGCGAGCAGCAAAGACUCACUGAGCGCGUGGCUCAUCGCUACCAUGGCUAUCACCGGGCUGCUGAACUGGGUCUACGUCGGCCCGAAGACGACGCAGGUCAUGGGGCUGAGGAAACAUCAGGAGACGAGGGAUGGGAAGAAGAGCUAUGAUGCUGGGCCGCAUAGUAAGGAGAUGCAGGCGCUUAACAAGCAGUUCGGUGUGCUGCAUGGUGUGAGCAGUUUGGUGAAUUUGGUGGGGCUGGUGGGUAUGGUGUGGUAUGGGGCUGUUUUGGGCGAUGGGCUGCGUUUGUAG